UUAGUCUACGGCUGCGGCCAGUUGGUUGCCGAACACCCUCUCUGCGUCGGCUCCCAUCACCUGCCGCACCACCUUCACUGUCUCGGGGAACCUGCCGGCUCCGACCCCCAUCACCGGAGGCUCCGUCGUGUGGAGGUAGGUGACGGCAACGGUGGGGGUGCUGAAGAUGGAGAUGUGGGUCUCGAAUUGGUGGUCGGGCUUGUCGCCAUGCAGCACUAUCACUCGGUAGAAGUCUUCAAGUGCCGGACGGUGGCUGGUGCUGAUGGUGUGACAGCCCCAGAUGGGCGGCGGCUGAGUGGUCAGCUGCCGCUGAAGAGAAAGGCAGAUAUGACAAUGAGCGAGUGGGGCAGCUGGUGAGGCAAUCGUGUUGUGUGGGUGUGUAUAACUGACCAGUCGGUUCAACCGUGUGGCAUCGUUGGACCGGUCGACAUACUGGACCACGGCCUCCGACCCUCCGAAACGCAACCUGACCGAACACAUCACGGCAGAGCGGUGCAGCCAAUGUGUUUGUGUGUUUGUGUGUAUCCCAUUCUACUCAUCUCCCUCACUCCUCCAACACAGCGUCGCGAACUAAGCAUACUCAUUUACUAUACACAGGCGGACACACGCAACCAAAUGAUCCAUUGCCUUCCUCCCUCCCCUCCCCCUCUCGCUCACUGAUCAUCUCACACACGGGGUUCAUCUCACACACGGGGUUGGCCUCGUCGUAUCCAUUGCGGAAGGGAUGGUCGGCCGGCAGUGUCUGCAGUGGGCGGAUGGUCAGCCGACGCCCAUCCAGCCGCUCCUCGCCAUUGAAGCGCAGCACAAUCAUGUUGAUGUGCCGCUUGAUGAGUGAGAGCUGCCGCACAGCCUCACACCGCCCGUCAAACACCGCCCGGCUGCCCACCGCCUCCACAUCAGCACUGCUCAGCUCUAUCGGCAACUGCCCGCCUCCCCGCCCCUGAUGCUUGGCCACCCUGAUGAUCGGCACCGUCGCCGCCCACUCGCCACUCUGCUGGAUGAUGUGCAGGAGCCGCAGCAGAUGACCGACGGAUGGCAUGUCAUAGCUGAGGAUCUCCUCGAGGCCCUUGGCGACGAGCUGUGCAUACAGCAGCCGCAGCAGAUGACCGACGGAUGGCAGGUUGUAGUUGAGGAUGGGCAGGUCAUAGCUGAUGAUGUCCUGGAGGCCCUUGGCGACGAGCUGUGCAUCGAUCUGCGUCUUGACAUAGGCCUCCGACACACGUUGGCUGCCGAGUGUGCAGGUGCGGCGGAGGCGGGCGAGGCCGCCGGGGCCGAGCAGAGCGAAGACGACGUCACGCUCGACGUCCGGUGGCAGGUCGAACAGGCCAAUGUGCUGGCCGGGCUGAGGGGAAAGGCGGCAGAAUGAGAGAUAUGUGUGGCUGUCUGUGUGGCUGUCUGUGUGGCUGUUUGUGUGUGUGUGUACCGUGUUGCCGUCGGACUGAUCUCGGGGCGCUCUCUCGACUAACGCGAAGCCCUCAUACAUCUGCACACACCACAACACACACACACACACACACACAAGGUGGAUCCCUCAGCAGCCACCAGGCCAAUGGACACAUGAGAAUGCCUACCUGUUGGCCGUGCGGCGAUGUGUUGGCCUGGUGCGGCACUUUAACAGUGAACUCCUUUGUCCCCUCUACCGCCCUCAUGGACACUCUCGUCCCUCCGCCGGUCUCCUCAGUGCGAUAGACGUCGGCCUUGACGUAGACCUGCUUGCUCUUCUCCCGAUUGGCCGUCACCAUCCACACACGAGUGCCGGUCUUGUAGCGCUCGCGGGACGACGGCGGCAUCUGAUGGAUGGAUGGAUGAAUGGAUGAACCAAAUGAUUGAGUGAAUGAGCUACACGUACCUGUGGCUGCGGGAGGUCUGCAGCAGCUGCAGAUGAAGAUGAGGCUGCAGCUGCCAUGGCGCCGCACAGUGACUGGCCAAACACAGACGCCUGCAAACAAGAGUGCAGAGGCACAGAAUGCGAAUCCCAUCCCUCCAGCUGGCCAUUCCUCUCAUCUUUCAACGCUCACCGAUUCACAGAUGUGAGUACGGCCUCUCAGUGAAGGCUUCUCAUCGCCAAGAGCUCACAGUGAAAGCAGUGAGCGCCAUUUGCAUUACAAUCCGGCGCGAUCAUCUCCCCCCAGCGGAGCUCGUAAUGAGCGCUGGGCGGCAAGAAGGCACCCAGCUGCUGCGUCAGUGCAGGGGGAGCGAAGACAACGAUGAAUGAGUGAAUGACUGGCACUGUGGCAGCUAUCAGUCAUUGCUUGCCUGGUCCUCCGGCGGAACACCACCGAAUCCCAUAAAGGGAUUCUUCACAAGGUUCUUCACCAU